AUGCUAGGGGAGAUCUUGGACACAGUCCAAGGUAAUCCUAUGGGAGCCGUUGGUGGUCUACUCAUCGGAUCUCUGGGCAUAUUCUGGGUUGUACCUUUUCUAUACAACCUUUUCUUCUCCCCGUUAAGAAACGUACCGGGUCCAUUCUGGGCUCGCUUCACCAUCCUCUGGGAACUUUGUCAGUUGAUGAAAGGCCGCUCGCAUGAAGAAUAUAUCAGACUGCAUAAGAAAUAUGGUCCGGUGGUCCGUGUCAGCCCCAAGAGAUACAGCGUCAUCGACCCACAGGAUGUGAAGAAGAUAUACGGCUUUGGCGCGGAUUUUCCGAAGUCCGAAUUCUAUGACUCCUUAGGCAAUCCAAAGAACAUCUUCACAGUGCGGGAUAACGAGGACCACAAAGACCGACGAAGGAAAGUUGCUUCCUUGUACACCAUGUCGGCCAUGGUAGCCUACGAAGACGCAGUCGAUCGGAUGACAACCCUCUGUAUCAAGAAGAUGAAUGAGCUUGCAGCGAAUCGAAAGUUGGUCUCCAUACCCAAGUUCAUGCAGUUCUAUGCGUUCGAUGUGAUUGGGGAGAUUACCUUUGACCAAAACUUCGGAAUGAUGGAAAACAUGGGCGACACUCAAGGCAUAAUCAACGAGCUGCACACGAUGAACAACACGAUUGGCAUCAUGGGGUUAUUACCGGAGUUACAGAGUACCUUCCGAGCAAUACAGAGAGUCUUUUUACGUGGGACAUCCACAGGUAAACUGACUGAAUACAUCUGGAGCCAAUAUUGGAAGCAUCGCAACACCAACAGCGGCGCCAAGCAGAAGUCCCAAUACGACACCUUUCUGCGAAAGGUACUUGAGUUGGAGGCUGCUCAUAAAGUUGGAGUCAAUAAUGUCUUGGAUUCCUGUGGAUCGAACAUCGGCGCUGGCUCGGACACAACUGGUCUCACGCUCGGCGCCGCUUUGUGGUACAUCUACCGUAAUCCUGACAAGCUGGCCAAGCUGCGUCAUGAGGUUGACAUAAUGACGGCAGAAGGCCGCAUUUCAGAUCCAGUGACAUAUAAACAGGCCCAGGAGAUGCCGUACCUCAACGCUGUCAUCAAGGAAACCCUACGGGUGCAUCCUGGUGUUGGGACGAUAUUGGCGAGAGUUGUACCAAAAGGAGGCAUGACCCUUACUGGAGGGUACUAUACACACAUUGGCACGAAUGCAUGGCCCCUACACUACAGUGAGAAAGUCUAUGGCCCUGACGCCGAUCAAUACCGACCCGAACGCUGGCUGGAGGACAAGCCGCAGCCUGAUUACCGAGACUCGAUGAUGUUUGCGUUCGGCAGUGGGUCCCGAACCUGUAUUGGUCGCAAUAUCAGCCUCUUGGAGAUUACCAAGGUCUUGCCCCAGAUUAUCCGCAAAUUUGAUUUGAAGUUUGAGGAGAAGAAGGAUCCGUGGGAUGCGUGGUGUGCUUGGUUCGUGUACCCGAAGUACAAGUGCUGGAUUGAACCACGGGAGCCUGUCGAAAGCUUAGCCUAG